CAUCCGGCUCCCGCCCAUCCGGGCCAGCGCGGCGGGGCCGGGACGGGCACCAUGGCCGCGCCGGGGGCGGCGGGCGGCGGCAGGAGCGGUGCCCCCGCCGCGGAAUGGGGCGGCUUCGAGGACAACAUGCAGGGUGGCGGCUCUGCCGUCAUCGACAUGGAGAAUAUGGACGACACGUCGGGCUCCAGCUUCGAGGACAUGGGGGAGAUGCACCAGCGCAUGAAGGAGGAGGAGGAGGAGGAGGAGGCGGAGGGCGAGGCGGGCGCCGGCGAGGAAGAGGACGGGGAGUUCCUGGGCAUGAAGGGGCUGCGGGGGCAGCUGGGCCGGCAGGUCGCUGACCAGAUGUGGCAGGUGGGGAAGAGACAAGCCUCCAGGGCCUUCAGCCUCUACGCCAACAUCGACAUCCUCCGGCCCUACUUCGAUGUGGAGCCCGUCCAAGUGCGAGCCAGACUGCUGGAGUCCAUGAUUCCUGUGAAGAUGAUUAAUUUCCCACAGAAGAUUGCAGGCGAGCUGUACGGACCCCUCAUGCUGGUUUUCACACUGGUGGCCAUUCUUUUGCAUGGAAUGAAGACCUCGGACACCAUCAUUAGGGAAGGCACGCUGAUGGGCACAGCUAUUGGCACCUGCUUCGGUUACUGGCUGGGCGUCUCAUCCUUCAUGUAUUUCCUGGCAUAUCUGUGCAAUGCCCAAAUCACCAUGGUGCAGAUGCUGUCACUGCUGGGCUAUGGUCUUUUUGGACACUGCAUCACUCUCUUUGUCACCUAUAACAUCCACUUCCACUCCCUCUUCUACAUCUUCUGGUUGGUUGUUGGUGGACUCUCUACACUACGAAUGGUUGCCGUGUUGGUGUCACGCACCGUGGGACAUACCCAGCGGCUCAUCCUGUGUGGGACUCUUGCUGCUCUGCAUAUGCUUUUCCUCCUCUAUCUGCACUUUGCUUAUCACAAGGUGGUAGAAGGUAUCCUGGACACAUUGGAAGGACCCAACGUGCCGCCCUUUCAGAGAGUUGCCCGAGACAUUCCAGUUGUUUCCAAUACUGUACUGAACACAACAGCCAAAGCCAUUGCAUUGACCCUCUAGUUUUACAGACUUGGACUUGCUUCCUUCACUACUUUUGGGGCUGCAUAGGGCCACAGUAACCUGCUGCCUGUUAGGAGCAGGACAGAACAGCAAGAAGACAACUUGGUUUUGUUUUCCUGGACCUGUCCUCUGCGUUACGGUUUUGGGCAGCUGAGUGGACUCAGCAGAGGUGAGUCACACCUCAGUGACUCUGGAGAGCUGUACUCUUCCCCCAUCCAGGUGUGGGCUAUCUUGAGUAGAGUGGUUCUGUUGCCUGCAUGUUUAGCUGGGAUUUCCCAGCACAGUUUGUUCCUUAGCCCUCUUUCCGCUUGCUGAUGUAACUCCAGGAGUAUCUGCCCUGUUCCUGUCCUGAAGAGGGAAGAAUUAAAUUGAUGUUGGUGCUGAGUGAUGUCUUAUGCUUGAGCCUGCUUGUCUAAUUGGGAGCAUGGUGUUUGGGUCUCUGUGCCUUCAUCUGUCCUGUCCUGGACUCAAAGCAGGAUUCUUUGCAGUUUUCUGCUGUCCUUCUUCAAAUGUUCUGUGAUACAUGUUCUGUUUUGGGCACCUUUUUCAAAGGUGUAGUAGUUCAAAAGGCACAGGAACUUCACUUUCUCUGGUGGUUUUCAGGAACAGCACAGUGUUUAACCACAUGCUCUUUCUUGUCAUGUUCCCUACUGCUCCCUCUCUCAUCACUUGGUCCAAGCUGCUAUCUCACCUCAGCAUUCCUUCUGCUCUGGAUGUCAGGAAUAUGUAUCUGUCCCCAUGCCUUUGUUCCUGCCACCCUUCUGCCAUGUUGCUCUGUGGGGCAUGCAGGGCAGCAUGUUUGUGCAUGGUUUUCAGUGGAUAUUUCUACGAGGAGGCCAGUUCAGCCCACCCUUGUGCUGCUGGCCCUCAUGUCUCCCAGCCAUGGGACUGUCACCUCUGGGCAGGAGUGGCAUUCUGUUCCCCAGACACCCAUUCUGCUGUGCACUGCCUGGCUUUUCAAGCUGAGUCUAGGCCUUUGUUUGAAAGGACUCUUGGGGCCUUGAGAGUCUCUGGCAAGCUUUUCUCUGGUGUUUCCAUUUAACAAAGGAGAAGUAGCAGAGUGUGUAAUGGAAAUAGAGUGGCCAUAUUAAUCUCCAGUGUGUUGAUGCAGGAAAUCUCCAGUAAGGAUGGGUAAGCAGAGCAGCCCAGUCUAGGCUUACCUGCACUGCAGUAACUCACAACUGAGUAGUUCAGCCUUCCCUCACUGCUCAAACUUCUACUGGUCUGCUUUCAUCUUUUCUCUCCCUGUGGUUCUGGAUGUCUGGGGGAGAGGAGCCACCCCUCAGAGAAGGUCAUCUUUAAACUCAGGCAGAAAAAACCCAGGAUAUGGCCCUUUCCUGGUGUGCCCACAAGUGCACAAGGCAGUAUGUUAGAACUGCACUGUUUGGUCCCUUGUUGAUAUUAAUGGGAGAGGAUGCAGCUGUAGUGGCAUUCAGACUAGUGCCAAGGUGCAGUGAAAGAGAGGAAGACAGUGCCAGCUACUGUAAUCAGGUUUUUCAUCUGCUUCAGUUGAAAAAAAUGUCACUGGACAGGACUUGGUUAUUUUCAGUCACAGACUUACUUUCCACUAUUUGCUUAUUCCCACAUUCAUAAUUUGUUCCCCUUUCAAGAGCAAAAAACUUCUCAGCUGACAGUGACACCUGUAACAGACAGGUUCCCUCACUCUCUUCUCCCCUGUUGACCCCCUUCUUUGGGAAACAUUUUUGCUGAAGAACAGCAUUAAGAACAAGCUACCUGGGGUAAUUGUUACUUAUUUUGGCUAGUGGUCUCCAUGGGGUUUUUUAGACCAAUUGAACCACUUUAAGCUCCUAGAAUUUCUAUUACUUCAAAACUUAACAAAAUGGAAAUGAUAGUUUGUAAUGCUGCUUCUGGUAUUUCUCUCUUUGUAUCUCCAUGGGAGGUUUGUUUCUAAUUCCAAAUUCUUGCCCUGGCAGCCUAGAAUGGAUCCAUUUCUGUCGGUGCAAACUCUGGAAGUACUGGCAGGGGGGAAGGAAAGGAGAAAGAGACAAUUGUCACUGGAGUAAGUUCAGCUGAGGAAAAACAAACCAUUCUGCACCAAACUUGUACCAUUGCUGAUUUAUGACACAAUUGGAGAACAGCUGUGCUCCCUCCUGCACUGAGCCACUCAGCUGAACCAGAGGGGUGAAGCUGUGCCCUGCAUUUUCACUCAAAGCACAGAGAGCAGUGAGUAAACUCCUCAUGCUUCCCCUGAGCAGCUUGUGUGUUGUGUCAGCUGGGGACAUGAUCAGGGUGACAACCAGCCACCCUCUUGGAACCUGUGGGGCUUGCUCUGCUCCAGUUCUUCAGCCCUGAUUAAUUCUUUGUGCAGCAGCAGCUGGAAGCUGAGCUGUUCUUUACUGCCAGAAAUUCAGUGCUCGGCUGAGAGCUUCAGCAUUGCCUUUCACCGACAGAGAAGGACAUGUUUUUUCAGAGAAAUGCAUGCAUGCUGCAGUUCCAGGGAGCAUGCUGAGCAGGCAGGCCUAAUGAAGUCCUUGUGGGAGGGCAUCUCAGUGCUUACUCAAGUCCUCUAGUUAGCAGAACAAGCCUUACCACCCUAUCGUGCAAUACUGUCUCUGUUUCCUGGUACAGCUCUUGCAGCAAAUCUCAAAUAAUUUUUGCCCUUCUCCCUUGCAGCAAAUCUGAAAUAACCCACUCAUCAUUUCCCACUUUUGAGGUAAAGGUAGCUCUGUGUAAGCCCCUCUUUAUUAAAUAUGGAACAAACAUAUAAAGCUGUCAGAUUAGAAAGAGAAAGCUGUAUAUUAAAGCUGAAAAUUAAUAUUAAAGCAUCUAUGACCUCCUCCUAUGCAAUA